AUGGCUUCCGAAACAGCUGUCGAAGACAUGUCUGGACCCGAUGGAAUCAGCAACCAUCUCAAGAUCGAAGCAAAUGAUCCGGCGCCCCUUGCGACUCCUGGACCGCCUCCCGACGGAGGAGCUGUCGCGUGGCUCCAAGUAGCCGCCGGUUUUAUGCUCUUCUUCAACACAUGGGGCAUGAUUAAUACUUUCGGGGUGUUUCAAACCUACUACGAGAGUGGCGAACUUUUCACGGCCUCGUCUUCCAACAUCUCCUGGAUUGGCUCCAUUCAAUGUUUCCUGCUCCAGCUGACUGGGCUGAUUGCGGGUCCACUGUACGACCGUGGUCACCUUCGAUUGCUCCUUUUGACAGGUAGCUUCAUGGUGGUCUUUGGACUUAUGAUGCUUUCGCUCUGCACGGAAUUCUGGCAGGCUUUACUGGCCCAGGCUUUCUGCAUUGGCAUCGGGGGUGGACUGCUCUUCACCCCAACCGUGUCGCUGCUACCUACAUAUUUCAGCUCACGCAUGGGACUCGCCGUUGGCAUUGCCUCGUCAGGCUCCUCUUUGGGCGGUAUUAUCUACCCUAUCGUGCUUUACAGGCUUCUCUUCAACAACAAAAUCGGCUUCCCGUGGGCGGUGCGCACCAUCGGAUUCAUCGCGCUCGCCACGUUUAUCUUGCCUGUGCUUGUCAUGCGGGUCAGGGUUCGAGCGCCUAAGCCGCGGGCCAUCAUUGACUGGUCUGCCUUUACCGAUGGACCAUACAUGGUGUUUUCACUAGGCUUGCUGAUUCUUUUCAUCGGCAAUGCAAUUUUGAUCUUCUACAUCUCGUUCUACCCCCAGAAUAAAGGCUUCACCGACACCGAGCUGGCUUUCUACCUGGUUGCCGUCUUCAACGCAGCAUCGAUAAUAGGACGUAUUGUGCCGAACGCAAUAUCCGAUCGUAUUGGGGUUUUCAAUACAAUUACACCUGUCUCACUCCUCUUGGGAGUCACCGUCCUAUGCUUUCUCGGUGUUGUUAGCAAGGCCGGAAUGAUUGUCGAAGCUAUUGUCACGGGAUUCUUCAGCGGUGUCGUCGUUGCACUACCACCGGUCUGCUUCCGAAUACUUACUGAGAACAAAGCUAUGAUUGGCACUCGCAUCGGACAGGGCUUUGCCAUUGGUGGUUGUGGUUUGCUAAUUGGCGGACCAAGCGGCGGUGCCAUCCUUGGAUCUAAUAAUGACUGGACGGCCAUUUGGGUUUAUGGAGGGGUAGCCGGAUGUGUUGCUGGGCUGGUCAUGAUGGUGGUUCGGGUGAUGAAAGCUGGUUUCAAAUCUGUGAAGGUGUGA